AUGGCCACUGAGCUCAAGACCAGCAGUCAAGGCUCCGUGCUGCCCUACACCAUUAUCGAGGGACCCGAUGCGUGGACUGCUGCCGACUUCCCCGUCCUGGAGGACCACAUGCUCCAUUUGACCGCCGACCAUGUCGCAGAGCUAGAUGCUGCAGUGGAGGCAGUGCUGACGAGUGGAAAGCGGCUGCAGGAUGUGGACCUGUCGGACUUCGCUCUGCCCACACUGUCCGGUCCGCUGUUCGAGGCCGGUCGGGAGGCGCAGUUCGGCCGCGGCUGGGCGCUGCUUCGCGGCGUGCCUGUGUGGCGGUACAGCCGGCAGCAGCAGCUGGCCGCGUACUGGAUUCUGGGGCUGCAUUGGGGCCGUGCGGUGCCGCAGAACGCCAAGGGUCAUCUGGUGGGCCAUAUCAAGGACAUUGGACACGACCCCAAGAACCCUCUUACGCGCCUCUACGCCACCAAUGCCGCACAGCCUUGGCAUAACGACGGCCCGGCGGACCUAGUAUCGCUGUUGUGCCUGUCGGACGCGGAAGAGGGGGGCGACAGCGGGUGGUCGUCUUCCAUUUCCGUUCACAACGAGAUCCUGCGUCGAGUCCCGCACCUCGCACGCGUGCUUGCGGGACCAUGGUUCUUCGACCGAAAAACCGAGGUGCCGGAUGGCAAGAAGCCUUUCUUCGAGAUCCCAGUGUUCAACUACCACAAGGGCUACCUGUCCGUCAACUACUCGGACAACUACUACCUCCUCAGCCAGCGCCACCCCGAGGUACCCAAGCUGCAGCCCGAGCACCACGAAGCCAUGCGCCUGUUCAACGAGCUCGCCUCCGGUCCCGAGCUCAGCUUGCGCAUGGUACUGAGGCCCGGAGACGUGCAGCUGCUGUCCAACCACACGUGCCUACAUUACCGUGGAGCCUUCCGGGACAGCGCCACCCACACACGGCACCUGCUGCGCCUGUGGCUGGCGCCGCCUAAUGACCGCCCGCUGCCCGAGUGCUAUGCGGAGAUUAUGGCCGGCAGCGUGGUGCCGGGGAAGCGCGGAGGGAUUAUCAUUCAGGGAGCUGCGCCCAAUAUCCCAGAGGAAGCCGAGUAA